CACGUACUCCGAAGAGAACCGCAGGGGGCGAGGCCGUGCUUUGUGACGCCCCUCCCUUCAGGAAGAGCCGGGACAGAGAGUGGGAGAGCAGCUGAAACCUCUUUCUAUCCCCCCUUCUGGGCCGGGAGCCUCCGUGCAACUGGAGAUCAGACCAGAGUGCGGAUUGGAAGUAAGCGCUGGAAAACACGCUGACCCCCAGACCACAUUUACCCACACCCAUCCGCAGAUUACGAGCCCCUCUGUGGCCGGGGCAUGCCAUCGACAUUAUUAAUGGCUGCUAAAUGUGGCUACCUCAAGGUCCAGAAUAGAAUAAAUAUCAUUCAUCACCGUCACAAUUCAAACACGGAAGACAGAUGAGUAUUAAAGUACAUUCUUUUAGCCAGUGGGGAUAAGUGCAGCUUGUGUGUAUACUUGGAAGAGAUAUGUGUAACAAGAGGGGGAAAGUGAAAUAUUUUGACUUCAAGAGAGGACGUAGAGGGCAAACACGCUGUUGUACCAAAGAGCAUUCAGCGUUCUAACACACGGGUUAUAAAAAGCCAUCACAACCUGGUUUAUUCACACUCGAGGACCCUGAAAAGACACCACUUGUUGACCAAACUUUGAUUGAUUUACUUAAGGGUGCGCAGUUGUUUUUCUCACAUUUAACACGGCCCGCGAUCAGCUUGUCUGCUUUUCAUCUGCACAUGUUCGGUAUAGAAACAUCUAUUCAGUCUGCUGGAUGAUGUCAUUUUAGUGUUUGCUCAUCUGCAACAAGUUGCUAAAAUGUUGCCUGUUGGAUGUUGAUGAAGAUUUUCUUUGACAUUAAUGGUUUAGAAUGCAUGUCUAUCUGCUCUUUUUAAUAUUUAUCACAUGUUUGUACACAAAUAUGACACUGCUAUACAAAUAAUGUAAUGCGUUCCAGAUGAGAUUUCUGCAGUGCACAUGUGUUUACUCACCAGCAUGCUUGUCUCAGUUGUCUCUGUUGUCUCAGUUGUAAGAGACAGCAGUGGUAGUGAAAAUUGUAUACCUCAAAUUUAUUAAUUGCAAUGGUAGCAUUGCAUUCAUUGGCCAGCUGCUUCAUCAUUUUAUUAUUACCAUUUGCAUUCCAUAGAAUCCCUUAUGAAAAUAAUUGUUAGCCGUUUCUCAAUUCCAAGAACACAAAGAACGGAUUUGUGUUCUUGAGUAGACCGGUAUUGCGAGGCAGCCUCGGAAGAACGAACUUGGAUGGACACGCCGCAGUGACUUCUGGGACUUAAAGCGGAUACCGUAGGUCACAAGACCUACAUAUGAUGCAUCCUUGUAUCGAGAACACAUCCGGGUACUUACAUGCGUUCUGUGUUCUUGCGUAUCGGGGCAGGACUUUGACAGUUAAUGAUGUCACAGAGCGAGAACCUGAGGACACAAGACUGCUGAAGAACGCAUAUUGCGAAAAGGGCCUAUGAUUCUACCAACGAAAAACGGGAUUCGAAUGGGAACCACAAAUAAACAUAUUUUCCUACAGUCAGAAACUAUAGUUUUACCAUGGUAACUGUCGUGAAACUAUGGUUUUACAAAUGGUAAACAAUUCAGCACAAAAACAUGGUUAUUUCACCUUUACUAUAAUAAAACCAUGCCUAAUUUUUUUCAGAGGGAUUUAGGUGCCACUCCAAGGGACAGUAGAGCAUACCAUGCUAUUACCAUUAUAUUUUAGUCUACUGUACCAUGGUUUUAGCGUGCCAAAAUUUGUUACACUGUUCAGCUCUUUUACUGUUUAAAGUUUAGUUUGAAUCAGAAAUGUUAGCUGUAACCAACGAAAUUGCAGCCAAGCCUUUGACUCCUGAGCACAGUGUUCGAGGACCUUUUGCGGGCAAAGAAAGUCUUUCACUGUGGACUGUUCACCCAAAAUUGGUCUAAAGAAUUUUAAUGGAUUCUGGCAAAUGGGAGCUAAUUGGAGCGGAGUAGCGGUAAGGAAAGGUGGAGGGAAACAAAUGGACUGUAGAAAGAGUCAAGUUUCAGAGAGGCACACUGAGGAGGAUAGACACCAUUGCAAUUAAAUGGAAAGCGAACUUUAGGAGAGCCUAAGGGAAGGAGGGCAUGAGAAACAGUAGAAUUUCAAGUCCAAGCAGAAGGCAUUGCAUUCCUUCAGUAAAUUGCUGUGGUGGAGAACAAAGAAGAUGCAAAAGACGUCUGUCAGGCUUUGGACUUUGAGAUGCUGUAAAUCAAAAUAAGUUUCCUCUUGAACUUGUGAUGCUUAUAAUAUAUAAUCAUCUUUCAGUGCUGUCAUUGCUGAGUUGUCUGUUUAGAGGAUUUUUUUUCUAAUUGUGGUUGGUGUUGUUUAUUGUUGGCAGUGUAGCUAUGCCGAGUCACUAUAAACAUAAAUAAUAUUCAAAAACUUGUGAUGGAACAGCUUAGGUCUCCAGUGAGCCUUAUACUUCGUUUUGACCAGGGAAAAACACAAACUAGUAUUUCUAUUUAUUCGAUUUGUUUAUUUUUUUUGUGCAGCCCCUCCCACAGCAAAUGGUCCAAAAUAACACUUGACUGCUGUCUACAGUGUACAAUACAAUAGAUAUUUUCUUUCUUGCUUUGUGCAUCAUUUCAGCAUAUAUUGAAAACUGAAAAAUAAUUCAUGAUAAAAAAUUAUAUCACAGGUUCGGACAGUGUAGUUUGGAUAAAAUCUGAUUGCUGGAGACACAUGGGGCAUUAGGGCUCUGCCGAGCUGUUGAGAGGUAUUUUUAGAGGCGGGUCUUAUCUUAACUCUCGGAGGCCUGAAACUUGGUCCUUCACCUUGCCAGGUCAGGCGCUGAAAGGGGAUCGGCGGGCAUCCUGGGAACCGAGCUAGUGGUGGAGCCAGAGGGGUCAGCGGGUGACCUCGCGGUGCGGCGGGGCAGGCCGCUGACAGUUGGACGAAACCAAGACCACCAACAGACGUGAGAGCUGCCCGGUGUGAUGGGACUGUAAUGCCUUCACCAUUCAACUGCUUACUUUUGAGGUGCUGCGCUCUUACAGCUAGAUCUGCAGCCAUUGUGCCACAUCCGAAGCCUGCUUUACUGCUGAGGGGUUGUGGCUGGCACUAGGCUGUUAUUUAAAUCUCUUAAGAAGUAAAGAAUUAGUAAAUAGCAGCCACACUACAGCAAACCUUGAAACCCUGUGGCUCACCGUCCACACCAUUGUGGGAUGUUUGCCAGUGGAGGUCUGGAGAAAUAAAGAACUGGUAGUUUCCCUCUUUUAAAAAGCCAUCACACUUUGGGAUCGUUGAUUUUGUGGGAGCUUGUUAACGUCCGUGGGGUUCGAAAGCCCUCCAGUCCUAUAAAGCCAAUGAAAAUUGGUGGACAUGUGGGACGGAGUCUUCACAACAGAUGCCCUGUUCAGCAGUACUUUGGGACUUUGUGUCAAUUUACAUAAAAACAGCCCAAACUCAAGUCGAGUGUAAGAUACAUUGAUUGUUGGGUAUCUGAUGGCGUAGUUGGGAAAACAUGAGGGACUGCAGGUGAUUAGGAGCUCUUACGCUAUCCAUUGAUUUCUUUUCUGAGAGGGAAAAGAGCGGUUGAGAUGGUAGAGAAGGCUGAUAGCUUUGUGUUUGAUUUGCAGUCUGGAAUCCAUUCACACACUCGAGGGAAGGGAACGGGACUCUAUCUCGAACAAAAAGGUUUUGGGAGAAUUGUGCGUAGAGGGAGAGAAUAGGAAAUGUGAUUCAUUCCUCAUUUUUAUUAGAGAGAGGAAGAACGUUCUAUGUGAAAUGAUCACCGAGGUCUUUUGGGUAGAAAGAUGGGUGGUUCAAACAAAGAAUCUUCUCUCUUGAUUUGGUUCCUUUGAAUUGCUAUAGAAACAUCUAGUAACCAUACAUCUUUAUUAAAGAUUGAAAACCAAUCAAUCUCUUAUUUUAUUACACUAGGUCACAUCUCAAUCGUGUGAGCUGAGAGUGAAAUAAAUGCCCAUGUUGUAUUUUAUGGCUCGUGUGAAGAUUUGUAGCCGCUUGGAGAAAAACUGCCAAAAUCUCUCUUCUUCAGUUUCUUUGUUCCUUUAUCACAAACACCCACGCACUUCACCAGACUGCUGAGCCCGUCCUUUUAAUUUGGCCCGCCUGCAUUCGUAUUUUAUACAUCCUCAACUACAUUUUAACAAUCCGUCACUCAUUAGGUGUUUGCAUAUGUACAAGAUGUGCACAUUAGCGCAGAGUGUCGUCUGAUAUGUGUAUACAUUGUCUGGAAGAUUCCAAGAGGCCGUAUCAAAGAAGGGGAGAGUAGAUGGCGUCCCAUUCGAAGUUGCCAAUUACUGACCGCAGUGUCCCUUGGGGGUGCAGGAUGCACUCUGUGUGGAGGCCUGUGUUAGCAUCGCACAAUACAGAUGUGUGGGCAGAUGCCAUCUGGGGCUCGGAGAACAAAACAAAAUGUGGGGGCGCCGUUCAGGGAAUCCAGGAAGAGAAUGGAAAAUUAUCUGACGGUAAUCAAUCAAAAAAAAGUGACACAAAUGACCAAACACAACGGCCUCGAACAACACACCCGUCUUUUAACGCCGCCUGUGGCGAUUCUCCGCCCACUAGCUAUAACGCGAUCAAUAGGCCUUCGUCGAUGAGCAGAAGCGAUUGGUCGGUAACGCUAAAAGCGGGGCGCCUCCUCGCCUGCUAAUUGGGCCUUUAUGAUUGCGCAGUCUUUCGUGCACAUCGAGAAAAUAAAACGCCAUUCUCUUCGUCAAACUGAGUGACAAUCGAUGUUGGGCAACGCCAGAUGCUCCGCCCGAAUUCAUUAUGUUGGGCGAAAUCGUUUCGCCGGAGCAACCGCAUGACCACAAAGCGUCUCGAUUGUGGCCCUAGAGACGAAGUCUUGAAUGUCACCUGCUCCUCAGUCUAAUGCUAUUACAUUCGAGAGGCCCCAAACGCAUAUGGAAAAGAACAAAAACGUAGCUCUUCUGGCCUAUACAUAAACAGGAAGUGCUAGCCAUGGUCGGACGAAACUUGAAUGUUAAAGUCUGAGCAGACUGUGGCCCGAUAUUCAACUAAGGCGAGGGGAAAAUUAUACUACAGCCUAACAAACUGACUUUGAGUGGUGGGAAAGCAGCAAAACUUUACAUGUAAGCUAUACUGAGAUCAUCACAUCAGUCAUUAAAAAGAUUAAAACAAUGCAGCGUUUCCUCAUUUAUAAUAAAUGUAAUGUGCAGUCUUUUUCUACUUUUCAUGGUCACUUCAGCUAAAAGUGUGUGUCUUAGUUAACUAAACAUGUAAAAUUUAUAUCCAUUGUCCUUUUCAUUUCAGAAGUGCUCAACACUGCGCUACACUAAACACAUGAGGACACGGACACGGACACAUUUAUAUUAUAGGAGAACUGAAGAACUGGCAGUGACGCUGCUGGACUCGAGGACCGUGCAAGGCGAACUGAAGUGGGUUGCGAGUCCGACGGAAGGAGGGUGGGAAGAGGUGAGCAUCAUGGAUGAGAAGAAUACGCCAAUCAGGACGUACCAGGUAUGCAACGUUAUGGAACCCAGCCAGAACAACUGGCUUCGAACAGACUGGAUCCCUCGUGGUGGAGCCCAGCGCCUCUACAUCGAGAUCAAGUUCACCCUGCGUGACUGCAACAGCCUGCCUGGAGUCAUGGGAACCUGCAAGGAGACCUUUAACCUUUACUACUACGAGUCUAACAAUGACAAAGAGAGGUACAUCCGGGAGAACCAGUUCUCCAAAAUCGACACCAUUGCUGCCGAUGAGAGCUUCACGCAGGUGGACAUAGGAGACCGCAUCAUGAAGCUGAACACGGAAGUAAGAGAUGUAGGAAUUUUGACACGGAAGGGCUUCUACCUGGCAUUCCAGGAUGUCGGGGCGUGCAUCGCCCUGGUGUCCGUAAGGAUCUUCUAUAAGAAAUGUCCCCUCACCGUACGCAACCUGGCGCAGUUUCCCGACACCACCACGGGGGCGGACACCUCAUCCCUAGUGGAGGUGCGGGGUUCCUGCGUUGACAAUUCAGAGGAACGAGAGGUUCCCAAGAUGUACUGCGGAGCAGAUGGAGAAUGGCUGGUGCCUAUAGGAAACUGUUUGUGUAACCCUGGCUACGAGGAACAUGGAGGAACCUGCCAAGCUUGUAAGAUUGGUUCCUACAGAGCGUUAGCUACGGACGACAGCUGCUCCAAAUGUCCGCUGCACAGUUACUCCGUGAGGGAGGGAUCCACUUCCUGUGCCUGUGACAAAGGAUUUUUCCGGGCUGAGACGGAUCCGGCAUCGAUGCCUUGCACACAACCCCCUUCUGCUCCUCAACACUUGAUCUCCAAUGUGAACGAGACUUCGGUGAAUCUGGAGUGGACGACUCCGCCGUCCAGCGGUGGCAGACAGGACCUGGCUUAUAACGUCAUAUGCAAGCGCUGCAGCACGGACGGUCAGCGCUGUCAGCCCUGCGGCAACGGCAUCCAUUUCUCCCCCCAGCAGCUGGGCCUGCGCACAACCCGGGUGUCCAUAAAUGACCUUCAGGCUCAUACCAACUACACCUUUGAAAUCUGGGCUGUGAAUGGGGUCUCCAAGCAGAGUCCUGGACCGGAACAGGCAGUCUCAGUGACUGUAACCACUAACCAAGCAGCUCCGUCUCCAGUUACCACCAUCCAGGCCAAGGACAUCACCAGACACGCUGUGUCUUUGGCAUGGCAGCAGCCGGAGAGACCCAACGGAGUCAUCCUCGAGUACGAGGUCAAGUACUACGAGAAGGAUCAAAACGAGAGGAGCUAUCGCAUAAUGAAGACCUCGUCCCGCAGCGCUGAGAUCAAAGGACUGAGCCCACUCACUUCCUACGUGUUUCAUGUGCGAGCUCGAACAGCUGCUGGCUACGGGGACUUCAGCGCCCCCUUCGAGUUCAUGACCAACUCAGUUCCCUCUCCUAUCAUCGGCGACGGUGCCAACUCCACCGUCCUCCUGGUGUCUGUUAUCGGCAGCGUCAUUCUGUUACUCAUCUUCAUCGGAGUCUUCAUCAUCAGUCGCAGGAGAAGCAAAUACAGCAAAGCCAAACAAGACUCUGAUGAGGAGAGACAUUUACAUCCAGGUGUCCGGAUCUAUGUGGACCCCUUCACCUACGAGGACCCCAACCAAGCCGUCCGUGAGUUUGCUAAAGAAAUCGACGCCUCCUGCAUCAAGAUCGAAAAGGUCAUCGGCAUCGGAGAAUUCGGGGAGGUGUGCAGUGGACGUCUUAAGAUGCCUGGAAAGCGAGAGAUCUGUGUGGCCAUAAAAACCCUCAAAGCGGGAUACACUGACAAACAGAGGCGGGACUUUCUGAGCGAGGCCAGCAUCAUGGGCCAGUUUGACCACCCCAACAUUAUCAGACUGGAGGGAGUCGUCACUAAAUGUAAGCCGGUGAUGAUCAUCACUGAGUACAUGGAGAAUGGGUCCCUUGAUGCUUUUCUAAGGAAGAACGACGGGCGUUUCACAGUAAUUCAGCUGGUUGGAAUCCUCCGUGGCAUCGCGUCAGGAAUGAAGUAUCUGUCCGACAUGAGCUACGUCCACCGUGACCUGGCGGCACGCAACAUCCUGGUCAACAGCAACCUGGUGUGCAAAGUGUCUGACUUUGGGAUGUCUCGAGUGUUGGAGGAAGACCCAGACGCUGCUUAUACCACCAGGGAAAUAACUGGAACCUAUCAAUCACAGGGAGGCAAGAUACCGAUUCGCUGGACCGCCCCCGAAGCCAUCACAUACAGGAAGUUCACAUCCGCGUCCGACGUGUGGAGUUACGGCAUCGUCAUGUGGGAGGUGAUGUCAUACGGAGAGCGACCGUAUUGGGAUAUGAGUAACCAGGAUGUGAUAAAGGCUAUCGAGGAAGGCUACAGGCUGCCUCCGCCUAUGGACUGCCCCGUUUCCCUGCAUCAGUUGAUGCUGGACUGCUGGCAGAAAGAGCGAGCCGAGAGGCCAAAGUUUAGCCAAAUCGUCAACAUGCUGGAUAAACUGAUCCGCAACCCCAACAGCUUGAAAAGGACGGGGGGAGAGAUAGCCAGACCCAACACCACCCUCCUGGAGCCCAGCAGCCCAGAAUUCACAUCCACCUUGGGAUCAGUCACCGACUGGCUGCAGGCCAUCAACAUGGAGCGUUACAGAGACAACUUCACCGCUGCAGGCUACACGACUCCGGAGGCCGUUGUCCAGAUGACACAAGAGGACAUGGGGAGGAUAGGUAUCUCUUUGGCGGCACAUCAGGACAAGAUCCUCAGCAGCGCGCAGGGAAUGUUGUCUCACAUGCAACAAAUACAAGACAGGAUGGUUCCUGUCUGAACCCAUGGGAUAGAAACUCGAAACAUGCUUUGGACUUUUUUAUUUUGGUUUUUAAGAAAAUCCAUUUACCUCAUCCAUGCACUUUAAAUUAAUUUUUGGAAAUGAACGAAAAACAAACAAACAAACAGAAAAAAAAGAUUUCAGAGGAACGACACAGCACUUUUUUCUCCGUAACAUCAUCCCCGCCCGCCGAGAGUCAAACAGGAUUGUCCCAUGCUGUACUGAUGCUCUGGAAAUGUUUCAAGGAAGCUUUUGAUCGGUUCCUUCAUUUCAAUGACACUAUGAAGGAGUUUCUCUGUUCCUUUUUAAUUGUUUUAUUUUGUGUCUGUAAGUAAAUGUAUAAAUAGUACUGGAUUUUCCGUCCGCUCCUGCCAUUUCAGGGUCGCUCGGAUUGUUAUGCUCAAAAUGGAGGCAUCAACGCUAAAGAUUUAACGCGCUCUUUAACGCUCCUGUCCCGGGGAUUUCUAAGAGGCAUUCGUCUUCUCUCCGUCUCCAACGCAAUGGAGGACGUCUCCGGGCUAGUUCUGGAAGACUUCCACAUCUUCAGAAUGGAAUAUGUCUCUCCACUCAACGAUUCUCCACCCCGCUCCGCUUGGCUGGGAACUCACCGGUCGGAAUAGAAAAGACUGCACUCCGUUUAAAUCCCUCUCUCUCCACCUUGGUCUCCACGGUCCCCUCUUACUUUUCCUCACUCUCUCGCUCCAUCUACGUCUCUCCCUUCUCGUCUCCGGAGACCUGCAGCGGGCCAUGAAAUCAACACAUGUCUCCCUUACUGGAUGUUCCAUCAGAGCUGAGCUAAGAAUCAUCUUCAUACAUCUGCUUCUCAGUCAAACCCAGUGUGGGCGCACAUCCGUUGCCGUUUCAAUAACUCCAUUUACCUGAUGCUGGGACAAAGGACUUCAAUUCCCAUGAUUCCCAGAAUGGUUCCACUACAGGAGACGGAAAACAAAUGACAAACAACCCGAGAAACGGCGUAGGGCCCUCAGAGAUUCAAUGAGAGAUUGUAAUGAAAAAUUUCAUUUCCUCUCACUGUUGCCCUUAUUCCUGACAGAGUAUCUUCAAACGCUUUGUUCUCAGUGCAUUCUCGGUGAAGAAUGACAGUUUGUUUUGAGAUGCGCACAUAAAGGACAAAAACAGAUGAUGGGAGCUAAACCUACAAAACUCUUGAGUCGUGGCUACUCGCUGGAGACCUGGAGUUGUUUGCAAUGUACGCUAAGACACUGCUGGUUUCUUUUUGUUGUUUUUUUUGCGGCAAGACUGGAGAUUGUAACAAAAAUACGGCAGAUUUAUUUGGACUGCUCGACUCAAACGGGAACUAUUUCGAGAAGAUUUGACGUUGAUUCGAAAGUGACCCGUAAGAGGAACGUGAUUUGUACCCAAAAUAAACGUAUUACAAGAAUGUUUAUAGAAACGGGAAAAAAGGCUUUUCAGCAUUUCAAGUGUGCUCUGUUACAUGUCAGCUAGAUUCAUUCCGUCCUUUUUAAGACUUUAUUCUGAGGUGGGAGGGGGGGGUUCUUGUUGAGGCAGUAGAAUAUGAAAUGCCUCUGACCUUGAAAUACGUUUCAUUCUUCCUCUUUGUUUUAUCUUUUAUGUUCCCUCCUCACUGUUUGGUGUCAACCUUAUAGGGUCUGUCCGGAAUAUGCAAUGAAUGUGAGAGGAGAGAAACGUAAUGUGUGCCAUGUCUCCUAAUGUAGUUUAUUCUGGAGAAAUCCAACUAACAAAUCGCUUUUCUCCGCCGUUCUAGCCAUUUAAGUUUAACGUUGUGUAUAAUUGUCCAUACUGUCAUCAUCUACAUUUUUUAUUUUAUGAAUUUAGGUACAUGAAAAAUGUCAUUUAUUUAUGGUCUUUUUUAUCUAGUUUGUAAAUUGUAAAAUAGAGCUAUGAGAGAAAUAAAUGAUUGCCACGUGCAUUGUAA